ACGUGCGAGCAGCCCGCACACAUCAUGGCCGCAAGACGCCUCUUCGGGGCUACCCAGACGUGGGCCGGCUGGGGGGCCCGGGAACUCCCCUACCCCUCCUCGCCUGGAAGAAUCCUGGUCCGGGAUUAUGCCAAGAAACCGGUCGUGAAGGGCGGCAAAGGUGGCAAAGGAGGUGUGGCCAGCGAGGCCUUGAAGGACCCAGAAGUGUGCACAGACCCCGUCCGGCUCACCACACAUGCCAUGGGUGUCAACAUCUACAAGGAGGGCCAGGAUGUGGUCCUGAAGCCGGACUCUGAGUACCCCGAGUGGCUGUUUCAGAUGAACGUGGGUCCCCCCAAGAAGCUGGAGGAGCUGGACCCAGAGAGCCGGGAGUACUGGCGGCUGCUGCGGAAACUGAACAUCUGGCGCCACAACCGGCUGAGCAAGAACAGGAAGUUCUAGCGCUGCCGAGGUCCCAGCUGGGCCUGGAGGAGGACCGCCCUCCCCCCACAGAGGACUUCUUAUUUUACUGGAGAAAACGGACUUUUUCAAGAUCAGAGAGGGCCCGGGAGCCAAUAAAGACCUCUGUCUGUAGA